CCGUAUGUGCCCACUUCGUAAGAAGAGGAAGUUUGAACUCGGUCGUCCACCAGCGAAUACUAAGCUAUACGCAAAACGUGUACGAACCAUAAGAGUGCGAGGAGGAAAUACUAAAGUUCGUGCUCUUAGAUUAGAUCACGGCAAUUACAGCUGGGGAUCUGAAGCUUGUACACACAAAACAAGAAUCCUAGACGUUGUGUAUAACGCUUCGAACAAUGAAUUGGUUAGAACGAAGACGCUUGUUAAGAACGCCAUCGUUCAAAUCGAUGCUACCCCUUUCCGUCAUUGGUAUGAGCAACACUAUUGCUUGCCUCUCGGACGUAGAGCCAACACAAAGAAGGGAUCUAACAAAGAGGAUGACAAGAAAGACGAAGUCCCAGACUUGAAUAAGAAGUCUAAGAAAACCCAAAAGAAGUAUCUUGAACGUCAAAAGCAUAAGGAAGUUGAAAAAGCUUUGGAAGAUCAAUUUUUGACUGGGCGUAUUCUUGGUUAGUGUUUUAAGUUGAAAACUUGAAAUUAAUUUUAUCACUUCCUUACAAUGAUGAACCAUAACUUAGCAUGAUUUGGGCUGAGCCACUGUUUUGGUGGUUCUAACCAUAAAUCUUGUGAUUAUACUGUCAUAGUUACUCUGAUUAAAUGUAGCCUCACCAAAAAAUUAUAUUUCACACCAGUUUUUUAAGGUGGGAUGUUAAUAAUUUCUAUUAUUUCAGCUUGUGUCGCAUCUAGACCAGGACAGAGUGGCAGAUGUGAUGGUUACAUCCUCGAAGGCAAAGAAUUAGAAUUCUAUUUGAGAAAGAUCAAGACUGGAAAGAAAGCGAAGUAAACGAUUGUUAUAAGAGGAAUGUUUACGUUGCGUAUAACUAAAUAAAAGUUCUCUGAAUGAUAAUAAGUU